AUGUUCGAUAUUUGUAAAACUUUACAUAGGCAGCCGAAACAUUUACUAGACUUCCUAUUGGCCGAAUUGGGAACAAGUGGGUCUGUUGAUGGAAAUAGUCAACUUAUUAUAAAGGGUCGUUUCCAACAAAAACAAAUAGAAAAUGUUUUGAGGAGAUAUAUAAAGGAAUAUGUCACAUGCCAUACAUGUCGUUCACCUGACACUAUUUUACAAAAAGAUACUAGGCUUUUCUUUCUUCAGUGCGAAACUUGUGGGUCUCGCUGCUCAGUGGCCAGCAUUAAAUCUGGAUUCCAGGCUGUCACAGGAAAGCGUGCCGCUAUUCGCGCAAAAACUGCCUAAGGAAUUGUCUGUGUUUUUCUGCAAUAAUAUGCUUAAUGUUCAGGGUUCCCAGGUUUAUCAAAAUAUCAUACCUAAAGUUUAUCUGAAAGAUGGCAUUUAUAAUAGCUGGAAUUAUUUAAUAUUUCGGAUUAUCAACUCAAUCUCAACUUGCUUUUUAUUUGUAUAUGUAAUGUACUAGAAUUGAAGCACUGUAUAUCUGCAUGAAAUAUCAUUUAAUUUUUCUAAGAUGGUUGUCAUUACAGUAUAAAUUAUCUUUUCGAAAUUUGUGUAUGUAAAUGAAACAUUGCAAUUCCUGAAACAAUUGAACGCUUUUUUUCUGAAAUUAAGUAUCAAUCAGUGAAAUAUUCCAUUUUAUAUAUUGUUUAAAAAUGAUUGAGUUUUUUCGUAAAAUUAUGUGAUAAUAUGGGUAGACAGUUACAAUCAGGGAUGCAUCGAUAAGAUUCAUAUUUAUCAUGAUACACAAUGUGAAAUAAAAAUAAACAUAACAAAUAUUGAUACACAG